UAAAUUCGAUCAACUACUGUAGAAACAAUAAGAAAAAAACGUGUAUUCUUUAUAAUAAAAAUUUCGAAAUAUGCGGACGUCAACUCUUUAUUUUUUCUCUCUAUAAUAGACUUGAACGAUAAUAUUUUAAAAUCUAAAACCAAAAAACAUUCUAACAUGGCUGACUGUGUAAUCGGAGAGGAUAUUGUCAAAACGUUUUCGUUAGGCAUUGCUUGUUCCUUUAUGCUGUUUUAUGUUGUGCAAUGAUUAUAGUAUUGUAUAAAUAAAAUGAUAGCAAAACGUUGACCCUGAUUGAGAUUAGGUUGUCUAAUAAAUCGUUAAUUUUUACAUUUUUUCGGCCAUUCGUCAGACCUGCACGGAUUUCGAAUUUCUUUCAAUUUAUCUACCUAGAGGUCAAGUCUCAAUCAAUAGAAUCAGCAUAAUACUCCCAGCAACAUUCAGUUUUGAACCGCGUUGAGAAAAUAAAAGCCAUGAAUGACACAGAGGUUUUAGUAACUUGCCCAUAUAAUCGUGCCCAUACCAUCAUUAGAAGUAGGAUGCAAUUUCAUCUGACAAAAUGUCGCCAGCAGUCAACAUGCUACACUGACAUGGUCACAUGCCCCUUUAACUCUACUCAUGUUGUCAAUAGAGUGGAAUUAGACGUUCACCAAGAAAUAUGCCCAAAUCGAAUAGUUUUGGACUCAGUUCUCUCUCCAAUUGGAGAUUCUACCUCACCACAAGGAGUAGUGCCUGUCACUAGUGAAAUACCAAUCCCAGAGUCUGAUGAAAAUUGGGAUGAUAAUCCAGUUGAAACUUCAGUGUUAGAUGUAGUCAAAACAAGUGCUAAAGAUAAAAGUGUACUUCUUAAUUUAAUUGGAGCUCCAAAAUCGGAAAGGAAGGCACAUAGAAUCCAGGAAAGAAUUAGAUUUCAGCAAGUUGCUGGGCAAGAAAGAAGAUUCCAAUAUGGGGUAAAGAACAAUAGUAACUUCAGUUACAAUAACUACAGUAACUACAAUAACUUUAAUAGUUACAAUAGAAAAAAAGAACAGUUGGAAAAAAGGGAAAGAAGGCCAGAUUUUACUUACAAUAAUGGAAAAUGGUUCCAGACUAUUUUCCAACAUGAUUACCGACUUAAAAAUAUAGAUUUUUUCAAGACAACUAACCAAAUGGUAAGGAAUGAUAAACACCCAGGGAUAUUUGAGCAGAAGAAAGAAACGGAAUAUUUUAAAAAGCAACAAUAUUGGUAUUCUAAACCGCAGGAAACUUGUGCACGAGUGGAAAAUUUUCAGCAAUCAAAGCUUAAUGGGGAAAACUUACGACCGUUAAAAAUGGAGUUGCCAUGGAGGAUUUUCAGGAAACCCGAUACAACAUUGAAAAAGAAAAUUCUAUGUAUCCCCGUUUCUGGAAGAGGUCGUUCAAAAGAAACUCUACCAAAACAAGUAGGCAAAAUUGUUAACACAGUUUGAUUUUAACGAUCCGAUUGUGGUUUUUUUUAAAAUGUGGUUCACAAAUAAAUGGUUUCUAUUGUUCUAAACAAUGUGAAACGAUGAAAAUAA